AAUGGCUAAAUCCAAUAAAUGUUUUUCUUGUCCUAAUAAAGAUGUAGAAUAUAUCUAAAUAGAAGAUAUCUCAUUAAGUUAUGCAUUGUGUUAGGAUUGCUUAAAGAAGGCGGAGAAGAAUAAAACUAUAUACUUAAAAAUCAAAGAUUUUAUUAUUAAGUAAGAAGAAAAGAUCAAGAAGGAAUUUCCUAAUUUAACUAAGCUAUUAUAAUUCAAAUAAUAUAUGGAAAGGGCAUUGUAAUGGGAAAAAUUUAUUAACCCUCAUUUUGAAGAUGCUUUAUAAUUUAUUAGAUAGGAAAAUUUUACCUAAAAAGGUUUCUAAAUUUUAGCAACUUACUUUUAAAAGAAGGGAAAAGAUUAAGAGAAGUUGGCUAUUUAGAUAAUAAAUUAUUUAAAUUCCAAAAAUUUCUAUAUAUAAAAUCCAAUUUGGUUGAAAGAGACUAAGCAAAAUGAAAUGUUUAAAAAAAAAUACUAUGAAUAUUUGCAAGAUAUUAUUUAAAAAUAAUUAUUUUAAGAAAUAAUAAAGGAGAUUGAAUAAGAAAUUGAAAAUACAUUUUCAAAAAUUCCAGAAAAUUAAAAAUAAAUAGGUAUUUGUUUAAAAAAUGAUGAUUUCGAUUAAUAAGAAUUAAAUAAAUAUUAUGGUUAUAUAAACUUUAUUGAUCUCAAAGAUGGUAAAGGAAUACUAAAAAAUAAAGAUAUACUUUAUUUUGGUAUUUUUUCUCAUGAUGAAUUUGUAUAUGGAGUAAAGUUUGAAUAGAUUUCAUCAAAAGAGGGUUAAUUCUUUUUUGGAUCAUUUGUUAAAGAAUAAAUUGAAGGUUAAGGAAAAAUGAUAGCAUAUAAAUAUGAGAAUUAAAUCAUGUAUUAAAAAUAUGAGGGAGAAUAUAAUAAUGGGUUAAGAAAAGGAAAAGGAAAAUUUAUUUGGUAAUAUUAAAAUAAAAUUUUAACUUAUGAUGGAUCUUGGGAUCAAAAUUUAUAACAUGGGGAUGGCUGUAUUUCAGAUCAAAAUGGUAAUAAAAAGAAUGUUUAAUAUGAAUAAGGGAAAUUAAAGUAAGAAAAUAACAUUAUUAAUUAAUCAUAAUUUCCUCCAAACGGAUUUUAAUAAUUCGCAUUUGCAAAUUAGGUUUAAUAACCUCAAACACUAUUAUCUUAGAAUCCAAAUUUUCAAUUUCAAUAAAAAUUCCCAUUACCAUAGAAUGAAAAACUUAAUGCUCCAAUUCUAAAUGAUUAAACAUAAACUUUUGAUAAUUUAAAAUUGAAUAACACAAUACAAUCUAUUUCAACUUAAUCAUCCUUAUAAUAGACUAUAAAUUAAACAUAAUAAUCAAGAUAGUUUCCAAAUAAUACACCAUUUUAAACAUUAUAACGAAAAUAAUCUGCAUUUUAACCAUUAUAGUAAACAUAAUCACCAAAUUAACCUGCAUUUUAACCAUUAUAGUAAACAUAAUUACCAAUUUAACCUGCAUUUUAAACAUUAUAAUAAAAAUAAUCACCAAUUUAACCUGCAUUUUAACCAUUAUAAUAAACAUAAUCACCAAUUUAACCUGCAUUUUAACCAUUAUAGUAAACAUAAUAAUCUACAUUAUCAAAAUUACAAUAAACAUAAUAAUAAAUUGAAUAACCAUAAUAAUCAAUGAUUUAAUAAUCUUAAAAAUUAUGUAUAUAAACAACUCCAGGAAGUUUACAGUAAUUUUAAAAUUAUAAUAAUAAUAAUAAUAAUAAUAAUAAUAAUAAUAAUAAUAAUAAUGGAAAAUUUAAAACAGAUACUCGAUUCACUACUAUUUCUUAACCAGCUUAAUAAUAGAUAUAGAAUCCCCCAUAAAUGUAAAAGUUGACUACUUUGCAAAUCGGAAAUAAGUUUUAAGAACAGUAAUUUUCUUUGAACCCAGGAAUUUAAUAAAAUCAAUCUAAUAUUUCAUUUCAACCAUAAAAAAGUGCUGCAACAAAUGUAAGAUAAACUAUUGGUAGUAUAUCAAAUAGUUAAACUCUAAAUUAUUGA